CCACACAGCCGCUGAGGCCCCGCUCUGGUGGUUUUCAGCCCGCUGAUGUCGGCGCGGGGCGUCCAGCACGCCAGCACGCGACACCCGAACCGGCUGCAGAACCGCGCCGCCCUCGCCAGGAAGAGACGCUGUUCACCGGCGAGCGGCUCGUCCCGGAAGCGACACGCUUCAGAGGAGGUGAUUGGAAGUCUGCAGAGCCUCUCGCUGAGCGGCCGGUCACCCCGCAAACACCAGGCGCGGCUGGAGCGGUGGCGUCAGCUGGAGCAGCGUCUGGAGUGGGAGUCUGAUCCGGAGGAGCAGGAGUCGGCCGGCACGUCGGCAGAACCCCGGCUGGUCAUGUCCGAGGAGGUUCAGCAGAUGGUCUCCGCGCCCGCGCCCGCCGUUCUGCCCAGCCUUAGAGUCCCAGACAACUCGAUGGCCGUCGUGCUGUGGAAGCCGCGGCCGAUCCCGCCGCCAGCAGCGCCGCCCGACAACCCGCCCGAGCCGAAGCUAGCGGCGUCGUCGGCGGCGCUGGAGCCGACCGUCGAGCCGCUGGACGUCGAGCCGGCCGAGCCGCAGCCGCCGUCGCCCGCCUACGACUUUUCGCCGUUUUUCGCGGCGUCGGCCGCGGCACCCUGGCCGCAUCAACAGGUGGCCGGCCAGUCGCGCUUCCAGUUCGGCACGGCCGGUCCCCAGACGGCCGGGUGGCCGGCGCCGCAGUCGACCGACGGCUCGUGGUUCCAGUUCGGCGUCGGUGGUGCCCCGGGGACCUCCGCCGGCCUGGCCGGCUCGUUUGCAGGGUCGAACUCGUUUUCACCCGGUCAGGAAGACGAUUCGAUGGAACUAUGACGGCAGCCUCAGGUGCCGUCCCUGGGCGGCCCCAGCGCUGCCCCCGGCUGAGACCAGCGCUGCCCCUCGACGCCGUUGCGACCGGUCGCAGCACCGCGGCCCACACGCGCUAUUGUCGUUCAGAUACGCGUAUUCUGGGUCUGCGACUUGUGAUAAUGCGCGCCUGACAGGAAGGUGGUCAUGUCAGGUGCUGAUACUAAUAACUGACUUAGUGUGUUUUACAGUCAGGUUUUCGCGUUUUACUGACGACGCGUUUUGUGUAAUAAACAGUCUUGAUUUGU